UUCGUGAAUGAAACGUCGUGGCGGUGGCGCGAGUUUUAUAUUUAGAGCGCUUUAGGUCGGCGGGAGAUAGAACUCUGUGUAUCAGAGUCUGUCUAGUAAUUUAUUUGUUUUGCACUUGUUCUGGUGGAAAGUGUCAAAAUAAAAGCGUUUCGAUGGAGGACUUUGGUGUUUAUGCCAUAUUUGGAGUAGAUGAACCACCACAGCAGAUUUUGAGGCGUGAUGUGUGGCAGAGCUCGACUGAGAUCCAGCCUGGUGUCCAGCUGAUGGUUCUCUUCACCAGAGGAGACUGGGGGGAGAGAGAGUCAGUCUCUGUGGAACUUGCUGACGAGAGGAACAUACCCAUUAACAUGGGAAAACUAACACCAUUCAAUAAGUGUCUGUCAUGGGAAUCUGGUGAGGAUGGUGUCUGGUCCAGUGGAGCAACCCUAAAUGUAAAAUUUACUGGGGGUAUUGCAGAGUUUUUGGAUCCGGGGCUGACUCUUUCACAGAUGGAAUGCACUCCAGAGUGCAACCCCACAGUACCUGCAGUAAGAGAAUGUCUGGGCAAGAGAAAGCGGUCUCAGGGAGAGGAGGAGGAAGAAGAAAUUAAUGAAGGUAGGGGCAAGGAGAACAUCUGUCCUAAUGCCUCUGAUAAGGUGACACCUCAAAGACGGAGCAAGAACAAUCAUCGUGGAGGUCAGACGCGUCUGUUCUCACAACAGGAGCAACAGACUGCAGCUUCCAGUUCUCAGAGCCACAAAGCUAAAGGCAAGCAGGCCAAAACGUCCUUACAGACUGCUCCACUGGACAAGCCAUCAGGUCGCUGGGGUCAAACUCUCUGUCCCAUUGAUCCUCAGACAGCCAUUAUGAUUGGAGGACAAGGUGCCAGAAUGCAGUUCUGCAAAGACCCCAUUUGGAAACUGUGCACAGAGUAUCUUUCUUGGGUACCUGCUGAAACCCUUGCCGAAGGACCCACCCCUGAGGCCCGCAUAGGUCACACAGCGACCUAUGACCCGGAGUCCAAGCGUAUUUUUGUGUUUGGCGGCUCGAAACAUAAGAAAUGGUUUAAUGAUGUUCACAUCCUAGACACACAAACCUGGCGUUGGACUUUGGUUGAGGCGCAAGGAAAAGUGCCUCCUCUGGCCUACCACAGCUGCAGUAUGUUCAGAGGAGAGCUCUUUGUGUUUGGAGGAGUGUUUCCUCGCCCACACCCAGAACCAGAUGGCUGCAGUGACUCCAUCUACAUCUUUAACCCUGAAAUGGCCAUCUGGUAUCAACCUAUUGUCAAUGGAGAGAAGCCUGCACCACGCUCUGGGCACUCAGCAUGUGUGAUGCAGGGGAGGAUCUUUGUGUUUGGUGGAUGGGACACCCCUGUGUGCUUCAAUGACAUGUACAUGCUAGACCUCGGCUUGAUGGAGUUUUCUGCUGUGAAGACCAGUGGAACAGCUCCCUCUCCCAGAAGCUGGCAUGGCUGUGCGGUUCUUUCAGACUGCAGCUUCCUGAUCUAUGGGGGCUACAAUGGAAACAACGCACUGAGAGAUGCAUUCAUCUUCAACACAGACACUAGUUGCUGGUCAUCUCUGAAACUUCCCCAGCUCAGUUCUGUACCCCGAGCUGGACAUUCCAUCAUUACCAUGCCCACAACAUGCAAACGGGGUUCUAUGAAUGAGCAAGAUGUACUUCCAGAGUCAGCCCCACAAACACUUCUGGUUUUUGGUGGAGGUGAUAACGAAGGGAGCUUCUUCUCUGACCUAUUCUCCAUUCCAGUAGAGGAGCUAAAAGACUAAACCUUGCAUCAGGAUUUGGUUUUACAUGCAUUUUUUAUAUUAGUUUUAUGUUGUGGUGUUCCAGAUUUAGUUUUUUUGUGUGUGUGUAGAUUGAUGCUUGUUUAUUUAAAGAGGUCUAUUACACUUUCACUCAGGUAUUUGCAUUAUGUCAUCAUUUAUUAGCAUGCAUUUAUGCACAGAUCUUUCAAAGUAACUCUCCAUGAUGUUAUGGAGCAUGUGCAAAGCAUUUGUGAUACAAGCCCAAUAUUAUAAAUCAUUACGAGUGGAAUGUUUCCUAAAGAACAUGACUAGAUCAUCAAACUAUUAUUGUUUUAUUCACUUUUGAGUGAUUUGGAACCUGUUAUGUAAAUGUCUUUACACAGGUUUUUUUUUUAACAACAGUCCAUAGUGAUCAUGACUGACAAAUUCAAGCAAGUCCAUAUGUGUUGUGUGCUAUAUAGCAUGUCUUCUAAAGCCAUGAAAUAGUUUUUGUGACAGACCAUGAUAGCUUUUAGUUUAUCUUAUUUUUUUUUUUUUUUUACAUUACACCAAUUCUGAUUUAAGAAUUUUGGUGGAGGUGAAGUUAGGGUUAGGUUUAAGUUUUUAAGUUACUUUUUUUGUGUGAAUACCUGGAACAGGGGUGUCAAACUCAAUUCCUAGAGGACUGGAGCCCUGCAGAGUUUUGUCCCAACAAUGCUCAAACACUCAUACCAUGUAGUUUUCAAAUAAGCCUGAAAGACUUGAUUAAUUUGAUCAGGUGUGUUUAACUAGGGUCGAAUCUAAGCUGCAGGGCCCUUGCCCUCCAGGAAUUGAGUCUGACACUCCUAACCUAGAAUGUCAUUUUGUUUCUCCAAAAAAACUUUUAUAUGGCUUCAGAAAACAUUAAAUGUGGCACACAGUUGCUUUUAUUUUCUUUGAAGGGUAACACUGUAUUUUAGUGGCCAAUUCUCACUAUUACCUAGUUGCUUAUAAGCAUGUCUAUUAUUAACAUAUAGGUUGUUUAUUAGUACUGCUAAAGCAAUUAUUCUGCAUGA